AUGGCUCGUACUAAGCAAACUGCCCGCAAGUCUACUGGUGGUAAGGCACCUCGUAAGCAAAUUGCAGCUAAGGCAGCCCGUAAGACGGCCAUGUCGUCGGCAACUGGCGGUGUGAAGAAGCCUCAUCGGUUCCGUCCCGGAACAGUCGCCCUCCGGGAGAUUCGUCGUUACCAAAAGUCAACUGAGCUCCUGAUCCGCAAGCUCCCCUUCCAACGUCUGGUCCGUGAGAUUGCUCAGGACUUCAAGACCGAUCUCCGCUUCCAAUCAUCUGCUGUGAUGGCUCUCCAAGAGGCAUCAGAGGCAUAUCUUGUCUCACUCUUUGAGGACACCAACCUCGCUGCCAUCCACGCCAAGCGUGUCACUAUCCAACCAAAAGACCUUGCAUUGGCGCGUCGACUUCGUGGCGAGCGAUCAUGA